AUGUCUAGAAAUUUGGUUACUGAACUUAAUUUUCGUCCAAGUGAAUAUCCUAUUCCUACUGUUGGAAAUUCUUCCUCUACAUCGGCUGUGCAACACAGAUCUUAUAUAGCGAAUCUGCGCCCAGACCAUUCCAUCCUUCGUCGGGAGAACGUUGACUUAGGUGAACAAGUUGCUCUCGACUCUUCCGUUCCUGCGAGUUCGUUUAAAGCUGAGAAAAGCACUUGUUCGUCCAGCCUGCAAGCUUUUGUCUCUCCUCAUAGUGAGCAGGCUCGUUUACGUGGAAUAAUUGGUCUCAUGUUGCGCCUCAUAACCGGAUCGGCAGCAAGACUGACGCAUCCUCCAAUUUUUCCGGACAACACGAUAUAUCCGGCCCCCAAAACGAAUGUAUUUACGGAUGUCUCAGGGCUAUUUGAAUUUUGGCCUCAUCUUGAUGCCGCUUUGGACAAUUUGACUGCAGGAGACUCGGAUACUAUUUUGCUCCUUCAACCUCUAAUUGAAGCAUUCUGCCUAACUCAUCUUCAUUUUGCCAAAGAAGCUGUGAGUUUAACAAAAAAUUAA